AUGUCAAUCAUCACGGUUCUCGGUGCCACUGGAUCUCAAGGUGGCUCCGUGUGUACUGCUCUCCAGGGCAAUCCUCACUGGAAAGUUCGGGCCGUCACCAGAAACCCCGCUAGCAACGCUUCCAGGAAGCUCCUCGAGAAGGGCAUCGAGGUAGUCGCCGCUGAUGCCAAUGACGAAACCUCCCUCCAUGAGGCAUUCAGGGGUACAACGGCUGUUUUUGCUCUUACAAACUUUGAUUGGGGACUUGUGAUGAAGAAGGGUCGCGAGGCAGCCGGCGAGGUGGAAAAGCAGCAACAGAUCAACAUUGCCAAGGCGGCAGCUCAAACUCCAGGCCUCAAGCACUACAUAAUGAGCUCGCUACCCGCCGCCAGCCUCUCAUCGAACGGCAAGCUGCCGGUUCCGCACUUUGACUACAAGCACGAGGCCUUUCAGUGGAUUGAGGAGCAUGCGCCGGAACUGGCAGCCAAGACAACCCGGGUCUGGCUUGGUUGGUAUCCAUCAAACAUGGCAUUCAACGCCAUGAUGAAACUUGUUCAUCUGCCCAGCCCCGAUGUUUAUGCUUGGAUUCAACCCAGCAAAGAAGACGCAGUUCUUCCCAUCGCAGGAGACGCCCAACACAACGUCGGCGUGGUCGUAGAAGGUAUCCUAGAAGACGGACCAAGGUCGUUUGGCAGGAUCGCCAUUGUCAUCACCGACUAUCUCAAGUUGUCGGAAGUCGUGAAGGUCUGGGAGAGUGUCACGGGAAAGCGAGCCGUGUACAUCGAGGUCUCGGAUAAGACAACUGAGAAGAUUUGGGGUGUCGGAGGCCUUGAGAUCGCCUCUCAGCUGCGGUGGAGUGAAGAGUUUCCCAACUGGCACAAGUUGGAGCCUGAACGGGUCAUUACUCUUGAGGGACUAGGUGUCCAGGGCAAGGUUCGGAACUUUAAACAGGCCUUGGAGAGUGUAAAAGAGAAUCUUAUCUAG